GAAGUGUAGUUCCUCGGUGACCAAGCACUCUUCCCCUUUUCAGGCCCAAGCGCUGCAAUAAGGCUGGCGGACUGGUCGCUCUCGAAUGCCGGCUUCUAACGGUCCACCCGGAAGAGUAAUCGGGCUGGGAAGACCUCUGGAGACGCGCCUGGGCUCGGGGCCGGUUGUGAAUGUGGCUCCCGUUCUAGGCCUUACCGAGUCACUGGAUGACUCGGUGGUGGUGCAUUUUGGAAGAUAGGCAGUAAGGCCAACAGCUCUACAGCUUGCAUCUGGCCACCUGCAGAUUGAUUUGCCAGCAAUGAGAAGAGGAUUGAAUUCAAGGGGUGAAUUUGGUGUGCAGUCUGCGAGGCUAAUGCUUUUUUCCUUCUUCCAGGUUGGAAAGAGUCUAUGUUAGCAAGUGUCAUACCAUGCUUUUGCCACAUUUCUGGUUAAAGAUUGACGUUCCUGCAUAAGCAUUUUCCUGUUAAAAUGUCCUUGCCUCUUACAGAGGAGCAGAGAAAAAAGAUUGAAGAGAAUCGACAAAAGGCUCUGGCCCGUAGAGCCGAGAAAUUAUUAGCAGAGCAGCAUCAGAGCGCCGGCUCAGGCCCCUCCAUUGCUGCCCCCCCUUCCCCGUCCAAGCAAGGCCCUGUCCAAAAUCUCCCUAGGGAUCCUUCUAAGCCAGUGAGCCAUGGUGAACUUUUCAAGCAGCAGAAUCCCAGUAGUUCAUCUCAUGGUGACCAAAGACCUCAUAAUCCCCACAGUUUUCAUCUCAGCACCUCAGAGCAGGCAAAGGAGACAUGGAAGAGGCAAAAUGAGAUGUCCACGGCCUGCCCACGUCACAGCCCACCCAGUCAAGUGACUCUCACUGGGCUCUCCCCUCCCUUGGCACAAAGCCCUCCAGGGGCCUCCAUCCAGCAGCUCGUGGGUUAUGAAUCAGGUCAAAGUCAUCCUCAGGCUUCACAAGGGACCAAAUCGACACCUUUUGCUGACACAACUCAUGAGCCUUUGGCCAAAGCAAAGAGUUCCCAGGAUACACCAGCUUCUUCCUCUGGACAACCUCCCAGGGAUCCUGAAUUAGAGGCCAAGGCAGCGAGACCCUCUACCUCCAGGCAGAAAAUUUCUGACUUCUUUCAUAGUACAGCGCAAGGGACGCCCAGGACAGAGGGAAGAAUCCGACAGAAAUUGGGGGCCUCACUCCCCAAAGCAGUAAGCUCCCAGGAGGGAAUAUGUGUAAGGAAUGGAGACCGUUUCCAGGUGAAGAUUGGGUACAACGCAGAGCUUAUUGCCGUGUUUAAGAGUCUGCCCAGCAGAAAUUUCGAUCCUGCCACCAAGAUGUGGAAUUUCAGCAUGAGUGACUACAGUGCCCUGAUGAGAGCAGCCCAGCGCCUCUCCACGGUCACCCUGAAGCCUUUGGAGGUGGCUGGCGGUGUAGCCCAGACCAGCCUGCCGUCAGCGUCCUCCCUCGCCUUCGUGAAAGGGCAGUGCGUGCUGAUCUCCCGGGCCCGCUUCGAAGCAGACAUCCCCUUUUCAGAAGAGCUGGUUGCACUGUUUAAACAGAUGAAUUCCAGAUAUUACGACGUCAAGACCAGGAAGUGGAACUUUCUCUUGGAAGAGCACAAUGAACUAGUUGAAAGGGUGCGCUGCCUUGCACAAGUUCAGCUGAGUCCUCUGCCGAAGACACUCACCCUAGCCUUCGCGUCUCAGAUGGAGAAGACGUCUCUCUGUCCCACGGCAGACAUCCCUGAAGCAGACCUCUCUAGAGUGGACCCCAAGCUCGUGUCUAGUCUGCUGCCCUUUCAGAGAGCUGGAGUCAACUUUGCCAUCGCGAAAGGAGGCCGCCUGCUGCUCGCUGACGACAUGGGCCUGGGGAAGACCAUCCAGGCCAUCUGCAUCGCGGCGUUCUACCGGAAGGAGUGGCCGCUGCUGGUGGUGGCGCCGUCGUCUGUGCGCUUCACCUGGGAGCAGGCCUUCCUUAAGUGGCUGCCAUCUCUCAGCCCAGACGACAUCAAUGUCGUGGUGACCGGCAAGAACCGCCUGACAGCUGGCUUGGUCAACGUUGUCAGUUUUGACCUUCUGAGCAAGUUGGAAAAACAGCUGAAAACCCCUUUUAAAGUUGUCAUCAUUGAUGAAUCCCACUUCCUCAAAAACAUUAAGACUGCCCGCUGUCGCGCAGCUAUGCCUCUCCUCAAGGUUGCCAAGCGGGUGAUCUUACUGUCAGGCACACCAGCCCUGUCGCGGCCUGCAGAGCUCUACACGCAGAUCAUUGCAGUCAAGCCAACUUUCUUCCCUCAGUUCCACACCUUUGGACUUCGCUACUGUGACGCCAAGCGGCAUGCCUGGGGAUGGGAUUAUUCAGGCUCCUCCAACCUGGGAGAGCUGAAGCUGCUGCUGGAGGAAGCCGUCAUGCUGCGACGCCUCAAAUCUGAUGUCCUGUCCCAGCUCCCAGCCAAACAGCGCAAGAUGGUGUUGAUCGUCCCAGGUCAGAUCAAUGCCAAGGUCAAAGUGUCCCUGGAUGCCGCAGCCAAGGAAAUGACCACCAAGAACCACUCUAAAGGACAGCAGAGAGAAGCCCUUCUUGUGUUCUUCAACAAAACAGCCGAAGCUAAAAUCCCAUGUGUCAUUGAAUAUAUCCUGGACCUGCUGGAAAGUGGAAAAGAGAAGUUUCUAGUGUUUGCCCACCACAAGGUGGUUCUGGAUGCGAUUACCAAAGAGCUUGAGAGAAAGAAGGUGCAGUGCAUCCGCAUCGAUGGCUCCACCUCCUCGGCAGACCGAGAGAGCCUGUGCCAGCGGUUCCAGCUGUCCGAGAGGCACGCCGUGGCUGUGCUGUCCAUCACCGCUGCCAACAUGGGCCUCACCUUCUCCUCGGCCGACCUGGUGGUGUUCGCCGAGCUGUUCUGGAACCCAGGGGUGCUGAUGCAGGCUGAGGACCGGGUGCAUCGCAUUGGACAGUUGAGCUCCGUGGGCAUCCACUACCUCGUGGCGAGAGGCACGGCCGACGACUACCUUUGGCCCUUGAUUCAAGAGAAGAUUAAAAUUCUGGGUGAAGCCGGGGUUUCCGAGGCCAGUUUUUCAGAAAUGACAGAAACCACUGAUUACAUCUACAAGGACCCAAAGCAGCAGAAGAUCUAUGACCUAUUCCAGAAGUCCUUUGAGGAAUUUGGAAGCGACAAGGAGUUCCUGGAGGCAGCGGAGUCCUUUGACCCAGGAAGUGCUUCAGGAACAUCAGGAAGUGGCUCCCAGGACACAGGAGACUCGCUGGACGAAAGCACACUGACGGACAGUCCGCUGAGGAAAAGGAGAUUUGAAUUUUUUGAUAACUGGGACAGCUUUACCUCACCCCUGUAAGAGGGGCAAAAAAAGCAUUUGAAAAUCACGGAAUUCAUUAAAAUAAAGUAAGACAUUUUGUUUAUAAA